AUGGAGAAGAAACCAUUAUGGGUUCCAACUAUAGUGGCGCAAGUGAGUCUCUGCUUAUGUCUCUACCUUGCCUUUCAACUAGGUCAGCCUCAGAACUCUGUGUACCUCCAUAGAACAAGUGAAAGCAGAGAUCUUUACUUCAUCAGCGUCAGAGGAGGGUUCAGACCUCUCAAGCAACAGACCCAUCUUCUCAAACAGAUGGCGAGGGUGGCAAAGAAGUACAAGGCAAAAUUUGUGGUGGAUAUCAGUGAUCUUGGGAAGGAUGAUCCACUCAUGCAGAAUGGUACCCUGCAUUUUUCAUCACUGAAGGUUCCCUGGUAUACUACUACAGUAUCAGGCAGAUAUGGAGGGGGUUACUUCCAGAAGCAGAUAAGACUACCUUAUGAGAAAACCUUAGACCUCAUUGGUGUGGAUACUGGGUCAAUUGAGGGGAAGGUUUUAAUCUCGGAAACAUCAAGUGAGUUUGGAUACAAUCAAUUACAUUGGCUGACAAGGACACUAGAGGCAACCAGCAGUGACUGGCGCAUAGUUGUUGGUUUCCACCCAUUGGCUAAAUGCGGUGAUAAUGAAGAGGGAAUGGAAGCAAAACAAGUUGUUGAGUCUCUACACCAUAGUUUUAUGAAAUAUGAAGUGAAUGCGUAUAUCAGUGGACAGGGUUGCACUAGCAAUGUCCAACAAGGUAGCCUGAGCUACAUUGGGAACCCGGGCUCAAUGAAUGCACUAACUUCUGAGACAUCAGUACUAAGAAGAGAUUCAGAGGUCGAGUUUCUUCUUCAUAGAGUCAGCUCUCUAGAAAUGGUCACCUACUUUGUUAGCUCGAGCGGGGAAGUUGUGCAUAAGUCUGUACUCCAUCAGAAGGGUCGAGCAGCCAUGUAAAUUGCAUUCGAAGAAAACCAACCUCUACCCCAUUUUUUUCAAGCCGUGGAUCAUAGACUCAGCUUGCCACCAUUUUUUCGUGUAGUAUUUUUUCUUUACCACAUCGAAAAACAAGUGCAGGUCAUUGCUUUGAAGAAUCCAAGACCCGCUUUUUAGCUAAAUUGUUUUGAAGGUGGGCCGCUUAACCUGCCUAGGCCCAACCAUCGUAGGUUCCGCCUAGCCCAAUAAUACCUCCGCCUAGCCCGCUCAGGCCCAGUCCGCUUAUGCGACCCACUAAAUUUGUAAGAGGGGCAAAGAGGUAAUAAACCCAACAGGGCUGAGUGAG